AUGGGUGCACUUGGAUAUGCAAGUUUGAAACCAUCUUUAAAGAAGAUUGCUGAAUCUGCUGAUGGCCGGCCUUAUGAGAUGGGUGUAGUUGCGGCCUUGAGAAAGGGCGAGGUUCUUGAAGGAGUGGAUGGUGCUCCUAAUUUUCGGGAGGUCCCUGGAUUUCCAGUUUAUGGAGUCGCAAAUCCAACAAUUGAUGGUAUACGGUCUGUCAUCCAAAAGAUUUGUAGCUCCAAAGAUGGUCGACCAGUUUUUUGGCAUAAUAUGAGAGAAGAACCUGUGAUUUACAUCAAUGGAAAACCGUUUGUACUCCGUGAGGUUGAACGACCAUACAAAAAUAUGCUUGAAUACACGGGUAUCGAUCGUGAGAGAGUGGAGAGGAUGGAAGCUCGACUGAAAGAAGAUAUACUGCGAGAAGCUGAGCGUUAUGGGGGUGCUAUAAUGGUUAUUCAUGAAACAGAUGAUGGGCAAAUAUUUGAUGCUUGGGAACAUGUAAAUUCUGAGGCUAUUCAGACCCCACUUGAGGUUUUUAAAGGUUUGGAGACAGAUGGUUUUCCCAUAAAGUAUGCGCGUGUGCCCAUCACUGAUGGUAAAGCUCCCAAAAGUUCUGACUUUGACACGUUGGCUAUUAAUAUUGCUUCUGCAUCCAAGGACACUGCUUUUGUUUUCAAUUGCCAGAUGGGCAGAGGAAGGACAACCACAGGUACUGUAAUUGCUUGCCUUUUGAAACUUCGAAUUGACCACGGGAGACCUAUCAAAAUCCUGGUUGACAAUAUUACCCUCGAAGAGGUGGAUGGUGGUAGCUCAAGUGGUGAAGAAUCAGGAGGUAAUGGUGCUGCAUCAACCUCCAGUGUUACAGCUGUAAGAAAUGAAAAGGAUCAAGGCCGUGUAUUUGGCAUGAAUGACAUCCUCUUGUUGUGGAAAAUAACAAGAUUAUUUGAUAAUGGGGUGGAAUGCCGAGAAGCCUUAGAUGCUAUAAUUGAUAGAUGUUCUGCUCUACAGAACAUACGCCAAGCCGUUCUGCAAUAUAGAAAGGUAUUCAAUCAACAACAUGUUGAGCCAAGGGUAAGGAGGGUGGCAUUGAAUCGUGGCGCUGAGUACUUGGAGCGCUACUUUCGUUUAAUUGCUUUUGCAGCAUACUUAGGAAGUGAAGCAUUUGAUGGAUUUUGUGGGCAAGGAGAAUCUAGGAUGACAUUUAAGAAUUGGUUGCAUCAGAGACCAGAAGUUCAAGCAAUGAAAUGGAGCAUAAGAUUAAGGCCCGGACGAUUUUUUACUGUCCCUGAGGAGUUGAGAGCACCGUAUGAGUCUCAACAUGGAGAUGCUGUCAUGGAGGCUAUUGUCAAGACCCGUAGUGGUUCUGUUUUGGGGAAAGGAUCUAUACUUAAAAUGUAUUUCUUUCCAGGUCAGAGGACUUCUAGCCACAUACAAAUUCAUGGUGCACCACAUGUUUAUAAGGUGGAUGGAUAUCCUGUGUACAGCAUGGCUACGCCAACAAUUCCUGGUGCCAAAGAGAUGCUAGCAUAUUUAGGUGCCAAGCCCAAAGCAGAAGGAUCUGCUGCUCAGAAAGUGAUUUUAACUGAUCUGAGAGAAGAAGCAGUUGUUUACAUUAAUGGCACACCAUUUGUCUUACGGGAGCUAAACAAACCUGUUGAUACACUCAAGCAUGUGGGAAUCACAGGCCCGGUGGUGGAACACAUGGAAGCACGACUAAAAGAAGAUAUACUAUCUGAGGUCAGACGGUCUGGUGGCCGUAUGCUUUUACAUCGUGAAGAAUAUAGCCCGGCAUUGAAUCAGUCCAGUGUCAUUGGAUACUUGGAAAAUAUCUUUGCAGAUGAUGUGAAGACACCAGCUGAAGUAUAUGCUGCUCUGAAAGAUGAGGGUUAUAAUAUUACAUAUAGAAGAAUACCAUUAACUAGAGAAAGAGAGGCUUUAGCUUCUGAUGUGGAUGCAAUUCAAUACUGUAUAGAUGACUCUGCAGGGUGUUACCUUUUUGUAUCACACACGGGGUUUGGAGGAGUUGCAUAUGCAAUGGCUAUUGUUUGUAUUAGAUUUGGUGCAGAAGCUGACUUUGUAUCGAAGGACCCACAACUACUGUUUAGAACGAAUCCAUCAUAUACAACUGAAGAGGACUUGCCUUCUCGAGCUUCUGAUGAAGAAGUUCGUAGGAUGGGUGACUACCGAGACAUACUAAGCCUUACAAGAGUUCUUGUGUAUGGUCCCAAGAGCAAAGCAGAUGUUGACGUAGUUAUUGAAAGGUGUGCAGGGGCAGGGCAUCUACGAGACGAUAUUCUUUAUUAUAGUAAGGAACUCGAGAAUUUCCCUGACGAUGAUGAUGAGCAUCAAGCAUACCUCAUGGACAUGGGUAUCAAAGCAUUAAGGCGGUACUUUUUCCUUAUCUCAUUUAGGUCUUACCUCUACUGCACUUCUGCAGCUGAGAUAAAAUUCGCAUCAUGGAUGGAUGCAAGGCCUGAACUAGGACAUUUAUGCGCCGCUUCUUGGGCGGCAGUUGGUCACUAA